AGCUACCAUAUAUCUGCCUGCUCGCUGCAGCUGUGUCUAUUGGCCAGAUUAUUCCUUCUUCCGCCAAAGCCAAAGGGAUCUAGCAUCUCAUUGGCCACCGAGGAUCGAUCGACAUGGAGAACAAGACCACUAGUAGCAGCAGGGGAGGAGAAGAGGAGGCGGCGAAGGUGCCCCUGCUCGAGCCGAGAGCGGCGGCCGACCACCAUGGACGCAGCAGCAGCUUCAGCAAGGUGGAGCAGGAAGAAGUUGAGGACGACGACUCGUCGUCGUGCUUGUCGCUGGGCCGGCGUGCGUGGGAGGAGAACAAGAAGCUGUGGGUGGUGGCGGGGCCCUCCAUCUUCACCCGCUUCUCCUCCUUCGGCGUCACCGUCAUCAGCCAGGCCUUCAUCGGACACAUCGGCGCCACCGAGCUCGCAGCGUACGCGCUCGUCUCCACAGUACUCAUGAGAUUCAGCAACGGCAUCCUGCUGGGCAUGGCGAGCGCGCUGGAGACGCUGUGCGGCCAGUCCUACGGCGCCAAGCAGUACCACAUGCUGGGCAUCUACCUCCAGCGCUCCUGGAUCAUCCUCUUCGCCUGCUCCGUCGUCCUGCUCCCCGUCUACCUCUUCACCGAGCCCAUGCUCGUCGCCCUGGGCCAGGACCCCAAGAUCUCCGCCGUCGCCGGCACCAUCUCGCUCUGGUACAUCCCCGUCAUGUUCUCCUACGUCUGGUCCUUCACGCUCCAGAUGUACCUCCAGGCGCAGAGCAAGAACAUGAUCAUCACCUACCUCGCCAUGCUCAACCUCGGCCUCCACCUCGCCCUCUCCUGGCUCAUGACCGUCAAGUUCCAGCUCGGCCUGGCAGGGGUCAUGGGCUCCAUGGUCUUCGCCAUGUGGAUCCCCGUGUUUGGGCAGCUUGCCUUUGUCUUCUUCGGGGGUUGCCCUCUCACAUGGACCGGGUUCUCAUCUGCUGCCUUCACUGACCUCGGUGCCAUCAUCAAGCUCUCGCUAUCUUCUGGUGUCAUGCUCUGUUUGGAAUUGUGGUACAACACCAUAUUGGUGCUCCUCACUGGAUAUAUGAAGAAUGCAGAGGUUGCACUUGACGCCCUUUCAAUAUGCCUUAAUAUCAACGGUUGGGAGAUGAUGAUUUCUAUCGGCUUUUUGGCUGCAACAGGAGUGCGAGUGGCAAAUGAGCUUGGAGCUGGAAGUGCAAGAAGGGCCAAGUUUGCGAUCUACAAUGUCGUCAUCACUUCUUUCUUGAUCGGAUUUGUGUUAUUUGUGCUCUUCCUUUUCUUCCGUGGAAGCCUUGCCUACAUAUUUACUGAGAGUCGAGCAGUGGCCAACGCUGUUGCUAACCUCUCGCCUCUGCUAGCCUUCUCCAUAUUGUUAAACAGUGUUCAACCAGUGCUAUCAGGUGUCGCUGUUGGUGCUGGCUGGCAAAGUGUAGUUGCCUAUGUUAACAUUACAUCAUACUACUUGAUUGGCAUCCCUCUUGGAGCAAUCCUAGGCUAUGUGUUGGGACUUCAUGUAAAGGGCAUUUGGAUUGGCAUGCUGCUUGGGACACUAGUCCAAACUAUUGUGCUUCUCUUCAUAACAUUGAAGACGGACUGGGAAAAACAGGUGGUGAUUGCUCAAGAGAGAUUGAAGAGAUGGUACAUGGAAGAGAACAGAAGACUGCUGGGCUCUAGGGGCAAUCCCUGAACCAGCCCUCCAAAGUGGGCCUUUGUGAGUUCACAAAAAAUAUUUGAUCAGCAUCGGAGAUCCUUUGGCAGACACAUAUCUUCUCAGUUCUCACCAUCUUCUCAAGAACGAAAAUGUGUUCACCUCAAGCCAAGCAACGAAAUCCAUUGUUGGCAGCAGCGAACGUCCAGUAGAAAAGCACUGUAUCAAUUGCCAACAGGUUGGCUUAUAUGCGUGAGCAUGUGUUGGCUAGCCGUGAGAUUGGCAUGACUGUUGCUCUGCAUCAAUUUUGGGGUACGCUAAUGUCCCAUCAGAGCCGUGGUUGUGGUUUGGGGCAUUUGUGCUGAUUGUGUGUGUACAUCUGCGUGUAUAACUAGUUCUAGAUGUGCACCAAUUGGGUUCUUCUUGAUCUACCUUGUUGACUGUACUACUGAUUUCGGCAAGGCAAAAUAAAAUAGAUUAGGCAAAAUAAAAUGGUUUAUA